AUGGCAGUGUCAUCACAACAUGUGGUUCUCUUCCCUUACAUGUCCAAAGGCCACACCAUCCCUCUACUCCAAUUCGCUCGUCUCCUCUUCCGUCACCGCCGUAAAGAACCGACCAUCUCCGUCUCCGUCACCGUCACCGUCUUCACCACUCCCAAGAACCAACCUUUCGUCUCCGACUUCCUAUCCGACACACCGGAUAUCAAAGUCAUCUCUCUCCCUUUCCCGGAAAACAUCUCCGGAAUCCCCCCCGGCGUCGAGAGCACCGAUAAGCUCCCUUCCAUGUCACUCUACGUGCCCUUCACGCGCGCCACGAAGCUUCUUCAACCUUUCUUCGAAGAAUCACUAAAGAAUCUCCCGGAAGUUUCUUUCAUGGUCUCUGAUGGAUUCCUCUGGUGGACAGCGGAAUCUGCAGCUAAGUUCAAGAUUCCUAGAUUGGUUUUCUACGGGAUAAACUCUUACGCCUCCUCUGUCUCCAUCUCCGUAUUAAAAAACAAACUCUUUACCGAACCGGAAAUUGAAUCUGAUUCCGAACCGGUCACUUUACCGGAAUUUCCAUGGAUCCAGGUUAGGAAGUGUGAUUUUACCCAUGUAGUUACCGAUUCGGAACAAUCGGAUCCAGCUCACGAACUAAUGAUGGAUCAAAUCAUGUCGAACACUACAAGCCAUGGGUUUAUAGUGAAUAGCUUCUACGAGCUUGAGUCAGCAUUCGUUGAUUACAACAACUCUGGUGAUAGGCCUAAGUGGUGGUGUGUUGGACCGUUGUGUUUGGUAGAUCCUCCUAAACCAGAGCAAGCUAAACAGGCUUGGAUUCAUUGGUUGGACCGGGAGAGAGAGGAAGGACGUCCGGUUUUGUACGUGGCUUUUGGAACGCAAGCAGAGAUAUCGAACGAGCAGCUUAAGGAACUAGCUUUAGGCUUGGAAGAUUCCAAGGUGCACUUUUUGUGGGUCACGAGAAAAGACGUGGGAGAGAUUAUUGGAGAAGUAUUCAAAGAUAGAAUAAGCAAGAAUGGGAUGAUAGUGAAAGAUUGGGUGGACCAAUGGGAGAUAUUGGCACAUGAAAGUGUCAAAGGUUUCUUGAGCCAUUGUGGAUGGAACUCAACGCAAGAGAGCAUAUGCGUUGGGGUCCCAAUUCUUGCUUGGCCGAUGAUGGCUGAGCAACCACUCAAUGCAAAGAUGGUAGUGGAGGAGAUAAAAGUUGGAGUAAGAGUUGAGACCGAAGAUGGUAGUGUACAAGGAUUUGUGACAAGAGAGGAACUUAGUCGAAAGAUUAAAGAACUAAUGGAAGGAGAGACGGGGAAAAUCGCAAGAAGGAAUGUAAAGGAAUACUCAAAAAUGGCAAAAGCAGCUUUGGUCCAAGGGGUUGGUUCAUCUUGGAAGAAUUUAGAUUUGCUUAUUGAAAAGUUAUGUAAGAGUAGAGAAUCAAAAGGUGCUAAUUAA